ACCGAUCCGAAGCAAGUUCAAGUGGCUCAACAAAUUGAAGAACAAAUGUCUUGUAUCAAGAAUAAUGCCUCUUUCAAACCUAUAUUAGGAGAUAGAGAGCCUGUUGCUAUGAUGAGGACGGUAUUGAUAAUUUUGAUCACUUCUUGGAGUGGAAAAGAUGUGAUUGGGGAUCUGCCUGAACCAAUGAAUACGGAUGAGUUGUGUGACAGUGAUACUGGUUGUGAAUCUACAUCUCCUGACAACGGCUGUGAUAGUGAAUAUACGACAUCUCUUGACAGUGGCAGUGAUAGUGAAUCUACGACAUCUCUUGACAGUUGUUCCGAGCUCUUAGUAUUCAAGUCG